UCUCCAAUUCUGUCUUUUAUGUAAACACCAUGAACACAAUAUGACAACACUAUAGAGCAACACCCAAUUACCUUUUCCCCUCGUUAUCUCUAUAUAUAUAUUUAUUAAAAACAAGAAAAAGAAACCCACAAAUUGUAUCAUUCACUUGAAACGUUUUCUCACAAAAGUGAAAGCGGAUAGCUGAUUGGGAGCUAACCCAUUACAGGAAGCAGAGCAAAGCACCCAAAAAGGGGAAGAAGAAAGCAAGGAAGUUGAUAGCCAAGCUUGCUAGCUAUAGGCUAUAGCAUUAGAAUUUAGAGAAUUAAAAUGGCAGCCAAGAUUCCAGUGAGGUUUCAGAGAGUAGCAGCGGCUUUCGAUGCGGUGGCGCGGGCGAGGCUCUGCGAGAGCAGUGGAAGCGAGCACUCGGCGGCGGCAGAGAGCUUUUCGGAUUUAUCGGCUCUUGUCAACUCUUUCAUUGAAAGAGGAGAUUUCAGAGGAGAAGGAGAUGCCCUUGGAGACAAAAACAAUAAGGAGCAGUUGAUGGAUGAAGAGUCGGAGGGUUAUUGGUCUGAUUCAGAGACCAAGAAUACCCUUCAAAGCCUGCUUGAUAAAAGUGAAGAGGAUGAUGACGAUGAUGUGAAGCAGAGGAUUUUUGGUGAAGUAGAAGUCGCAGUUGGAGGGGCUAUUGGGAACAGGUCGUCCCCGGGGUUCAAGCGAAAGUUGAUGGCUCAUUUGCGCGAGAAGGGUUUCGAUGCUGGCCUGUGCAAAUCAAAGUGGGUGAAAUCCAGCCGGUUCCCAGCAGGGGACUAUGAAUUUGUGGAUGUCAAUGUCAAAGGGACUCGUUACAUUGUUGAACCAUUCUUCGUGGGAGAAUUCGAAAUCGCUCGUCCCACGAGUCAAUACGAAGCGUUGCUCAGUGUCUUCCCGACGACAUUCGUCGGACAAGUUGAGGAGCUGAAGAACAUUGUGAGGCUCAUGUGCACCGCCAUCAAAAAGUCGAUGAAGAGCUUGGACAUGCCAAUGCCACCAUGGAGGAGAAAUGGGUACAUGCAAUCCAAAUGGUUUGGCUCCUACAAGCGCACAACAAAUGCAGUUCCAGCCAAGGAGUUGGAACACAAUGAGAGCGUUGGUCUAAAGAGAUCAACGGGGUUUGAGGCUUUGACUACAAAGACUUAUUAUUGCAAAGAUGCCUUCGCUAGCAAGAACGGCUUAAGAGUAGGGCAUUUAACUGCUGCGUUUGAGGGCAUCUGAGCAUUCGUUUUGUCAUGUUUUUGUUUGGUAAUAUAAAUUUUGAGAUGUGAUUUUUUUGGCCACCCCCUUGGGUAGUAAUUUUGGAAAUUCGUUGGAAAUUAAGGCUUGGGGAUUCGGGCCUUAUGGCCGUGUUUGCGAAAAACCAUCUGGGUUUUGAUUAGAACAAUGUCUGUGAAAUACCAAUAUAAGUAUAUAUAUAUAUUUUUGAAUAAAAUGUAAAAUUAAUUUGUCUCGUUUGGCUUGGGUCAAGUCAUAUCAAUUUGUCUAGCAGCAGCAGCAGCAGCUCAAAGCCUUCUUCUCAUGUUUAUGAUUCAUCAGAAUUUCAAGUCCAAAGUGAAAUUUGUGAUUUGUCUUUGAAAUCCCCAAAUGCAUGACAAAAUGAAAAUUGAAAAAUGUAGGCACCGAUAGACGCAAACAGCUGGGAAAUCAAAGCAAGUUUGCCUGGAAGGUAACCCAAACGAAAAAUUUGUCAAUGUAAGAGAAGGUUCUCAUGAAAAGGCUAAAUCCUAUGCCAUUUCUCUCAUCUCCCCUUCUCAUAUGACUCAUUCGAAUUGAAAAUACACUAAAUUAAGAAGAAGAAAAAAUUAAAAAGAUUGUUCAAUAAGAGAAAAUGAAAUGUGAGAAGCUCGGUAAGCAGAUCCGUCGACAGAGCACAACGACCGGCCAGUAAACUUCUCAUGAAAUCGAUUUAGCUACAGCCGCUGUGGCCAAAUUCAAGAACAAGGGUACUGAUUUUUGUAUCAAACCCUUCUCUUGGUACAAGUAGCUCAUACAAUCUAUAAACUUUCAUUUUUGAAAAAACUAAAAGACAUGCAGAGUUGAAGAUCAGAGAAACAGAGAGAGGGAGAGAGAGAGAGAGAGAGAGAGAGAGAGAGAGUG